AUGUCGAAGGAAGUCAGCGAAGAAGGGCAACAAAGGAAGGACUACGUGGACCCUCCACCAGCACCUCUCAUCGACUUCGCCGAGAUUAAGCUCUGGUCCUUCUACAGAGCCCUCAUCGCUGAGUUCAUUGCCACACUCCUCUUUCUCUAUGUCACCGUCGCCACCGUCAUCGGCCACAAGAAACAGUCCGGACCCUGCGACGGUGUUGGCCUUCUCGGCAUAGCCUGGGCCUUUGGUGGCAUGAUCUUCGUCCUCGUCUACUGCACCGCCGGCAUUUCCGGAGGACACAUAAACCCAGCGGUGACUUUUGGCCUGUUCCUGGCUCGCAAGGUGUCACUGAUCCGUGCGGUGUUCUACAUGGUAGCACAGUGCCUUGGUGCUAUCAGCGGUGUUGGGUUGGUAAAAGCCUUCAUGAAGCACUCCUACAACUCCCUCGGAGGCGGUGCUAACUCCGUCAAUUCUGGCUACAGCAAAGGCACUGCUCUUGGUGCCGAGAUUAUCGGCACCUUUGUGCUUGUCUACACCGUUUUCUCUGCCACCGACCCCAAGAGAAGCGCGCGUGACUCUCAUGUCCCCGUGUUGGCCCCAUUGCCUAUUGGGUUCGCCGUUUUCAUGGUUCACUUGGCUACCAUACCCAUUACUGGUACCGGGAUUAACCCAGCUAGGAGCUUCGGAGCGGCUGUUAUCUACAACAAUGGCAAAGUUUGGGACGACCAUUGGAUCUUUUGGGUUGGACCAUUCGUGGGAGCGUUGGCGGCGGCGGCAUACCACCAGUACAUACUAAGGGCAGCGGCUAUUAAGGCGUUGGGGUCGUUCAGGAGCAACCCUACCAACUAG